AAUUGGCCAAAAAGUGUGAAACCGUUUCAUAUUUAUCGCUCGAAUUUUAAACCCCAAGAAACCGCGGUAACCAUGGAAAACAACGAUUUCAAGAAACUGCUUGAGGGUGCAUUAAAAGUAAAGAAUAGACGGACAAAUGAUGAUGAACAAGAGUUAUUUGAGGAGGACUCUGCGGGAAACACCUUAAACCGCAGAAAUGUUCAAAGAAAAAAGCGGGCAUGUGAAAAUUGCGUUUGUGGCAGGGCGGAAGGAAAGAAGAAGCUUGAUCCAGAGGAUCUCAAGAAAAUGAACAAAGAAGAGAUCAAAAAACUGGCAAAUGCAGGAUGUGGUGGAUGUAAGAUGGGAGAUGCGUUCAGGUGCGGAGAUUGUCCCUUCUACGGACUCCCUGCCUUUGAGGAGGGUGAUGAAGUGUUUUUUGAUUCACCAUGAGCCAACAACAAGCUCUAAAUACAAUCAAUCACACGUGUGGGAAGUGCUGAAUCAACAUAUUUCUAACCACGUUUUAUGUUGUGUGGAAACGAAAAUGACUUUUUCAUUUAUUUGAAGUAAACUGUUUUCAAUCGUA